GGAGCGUCACCGUGGAAAGUUGCGAGAUAUUGUGCGUCCUGGAGUCGAGUCCAGGAGGGAACGUCACAGCCACACGCCAAACAACAACCGCUCAAGGCCACGACAGUUCUUCCAUUCUUUUCGAGAAAACUGGUUGACGAUGGGCCGAAAGAAGCGCAGCGCCCCGGCGGCGGCGGCCGCAGCAAGUGACCCUUACAGUGCUGCUCUACCACCACCACCACCACCAGUAGCACCAGCAGCAGGUAGUGGAGGACCCAGUCGGAAAAAGUCCAAGAACAGUUUUGCAGAUGACCCCGAGUUGACCGGAGAGUCUUACGCUGUCAAGAAGUACCGUCCGGACAAGUACUACGCCGCCAUGGAUGCCUUUGUCAAGUACACCAAGUCUCAUCGCAUGCUGGACGCUACUUACGUGCGCUGGAACACCGGAGUGACUCCCGAAAAGCCGCAUGUCUACAGUACUCGCGUGGGCGGUGUCGACCUGGGAUGGGGCCGCGGCAAGACGCGCGAAGCGGCAAUGGAUUGUGCCUGUCGGGCUGCGUUUGCUUUGGUCAGCGCUCAUGGCUACAACAACUUCCCGUUGGACGACGACUGUCUGACCAGCAAGCCGCAGGCGUUUCAAGCUCCGAUUCCACCCCCGCCUCCUCCACCGCCGCCGCCGCCGCCGGGUUUGCCGUUGCCUCCGUUGCCCUCGGGAGUCUUGCCACCGCCCCCUGCGGCCGAUUUGAUCCCUCAAGCACAAGUGGGAGCUACGAGCGCUCCAGUAGCCACGAGCCUGAGUCUGGCUCCGCAAGAGAGUCUUGGUUUGCCGCCUCCCCCGGCCGGUCUGCCGCCGCCGACGGCGGGAUUCUCUUUGGAUCUCAAGGCCGCUGCUUCAUCGCCAACCCCCACCAACCACGGCGCGAUCACUCCGCCAGCCAAGAAACAGCUCAAGGGUGGUCUCACAUUGGUGUUUGAUGGAGGCGAAGGGUUGGCAGAAAUCUCCAUGGAAGAGCUGCGGUCUCAUUCCACUCGCUACCAGGCCAUGUUGGCGAGAUCCGGGGUCACCAAGGCAGUCACCAGUCUUCCUUGCUUGGCUGCCAUUGAAAAGUAGGAGGAUGGAUGGAUUGAUGGAUAUUUGAGGCAAAAUUGAAUUUGGGCGGAGGUCAAGGUUUGGUUUUAUUAUUAUUUUUGUUGAUGUGGUGCAUGGCUACUGUACUUCAGCUGGGCUGUGUUGUCUGACUUGAGCAUUCACACAUACAUUUGCAUGGAUGAUUGAUGACCGUGAGCGAGAAAGCGAGUGGACAGUUUUGGGAAAAGGAGCGGUGGAAGAAAGUAGGAAAUUACAACGAACGAAGCAGGAUUGAGUGACUGUGCAAAGCUACUAGAGGAGGCUGACGGCUGACUGUGUUGUGGUGAGUCCGGUUGGAUCGGAUUAGUUGGGCAUGUUGCGAGCUCACAAAUACAUAAUUACAAAAAAUGCAUGAAACAAGGAGGGUGGACCCAUGACGGCGGAGCAAGGAAUAUCACAACGCCACAAAGUAAGUCUAUACUACUCUCGAGUGAUAUCAUUCAAUGCUACGAACGAACACAAGUGCGAACGAGUAAGUUUCUUCAAGUGAAUGAUAUCCCCUUGAAAGGAUCUAGAUAAAACCCUCUCUUUUUAGUACGAAUUCCAUUUCCUAACCUGG